CGCUCCUACCACGUUUCCAGCCAAGAGAGAAAGCAAGCCUCGCUUCGUCUCAGUCUCAAAACGAGCCCCACAUUUCUCCAGCCAACACACAUUUUCACAAAAUCGAGAAACCCAAACAAUAAAAAUAAACUAUCGCUGACAAAAAUAAAUCAAAUUUGAUUAGCUCCCGAAACAAUUCCCGAAGGAAAAAAACGCGAUAAAUAAAAGAACGCCCACUUGAUCUUCGCUACAAAAUAAAUUUCCACUCUCUCAAGAAAACAGGAAACUUUCACCAAAUAAAAUUAUUAUUCAAUUGAGAAAUCGUGACAGAAAUCGAAAUCGAAUCCAAUCCAGAAACUUGAUAAAAAAACAGUGUCAAAAAAACUUCGGAAACUUUCGAAACUUUCGUGUAUCAAAUUACCCCUUCUGCUUCAGUAUCAAAGAUGAAAAUGUUUGGGGAGCCGAGUAUAAAAUUAGGGAUUUGUAUCUUGGUCUAUUUCCAAACACAAUUUGUGCUCUCGUUCUGCCACCGGAUUAAGACGAGGUCCGCGUCCGCCCCACAGCAGAUCCACCACCAGGAGCAGCACCACCCUCAACAGCAGAAUUAUGGAGGAGGGGGACUCGUCGAGCUACAGGAAUCCUUCCCCCUGCAAAUCGACCCAUUGGACUUGCUCUCAGCGUCUGAAAACAACAAUCACCGCCUCCCUGUGCCACUCCCACUUUCAGACAUUCUUCUACCCCAACAGGUCCUCCCCCAGGAGCAGCAGACCCUCCAAAAAAAUACCUUCCACGUUAUCGACGAAUGCGUAAAGAUCACUCUGGAAGAGGGCGUCUACCACUUCAAGUCUCGCGGAGGCAGUGACCAAGUUUGCGGGCUGUACUUGGUCUCCGACCCGGACAAAGCCAUCGUCAUUCACGUGGACUACAUCGACGUCCGAUGCCAGGACAAAGGACUUAUCAGCGUCGUUGACGGAUGGGAAUUGAACGGCGAGGUGUUUCCGAGCCCACUGGACCACGAGAAGGACACGGCCUCGCGAUUCCAGGACGUCUGCAUCGACUCCUCCUCCCCCUCCCAACAGCUCCAGAGAACUUUCACCUCCUCACAAAAUGCGGCCCUGAUCCAGUACCGCGUCCCGGCGUACGGACAAGGCUUCUCCAUCAGGGUUCGACACGUGCAAAAUCCAACCCCGUGCAACAUCCUGGUGCAAGAUUUGGAGGCGGUGUACAAGCUGGAGAACUUUGGGAGACGGUCGAACUGUUCGCUGACGACGCUGUUUGACGCCAAGGUGCGCGUGCUGUGGAUGAGCGCGGGCGAGAUGGCGACCACCUCUCAAGUAAAGUACCCUUCCCCGCACAGGAGGGUUGUCUCUUCUGCCCGCUACCAUAAGUGUGAGAAGAUGGGAUUGGAGGAUUACAUCCAAAUUGGUGGUUCUUCUGGAUUGGACACUUCUAAAAUGGAAUUAAUCGACGAGUUUUGCGGUCAUCAGAACCAUCCAAGAGGCGGAUACACGACGGUGUUUUGUGGCAUGACGACCCUGCGUCUGGUCUCGAGUGGGAAAUAUUACAACAAAAUCAUCGCGGAAGUGAGACGGGCGGAGAUUGACGAUUUAGAAAAUGCCAGCUUCAUCUGCGACAUAGCUUAACCUUUUUUCCUUCUUCCUUCCGGGGAGACAGAAGAUUAUCGUUUGGCCGGACUUGUUUUAUUCCUCGUAAUGAAGCUGACAUGUGAUAACCUUAAAGCAUUAGUAGCGGCGUAGUUCCUAUUAGAAUUCAGAUUUAUUUAAUUACACAUACUAGAAAAUUGUACCCUCAAUUUAUUUUAUUUAGUGGGACAGCUUAUGUAUGUAACCAAAUUUAGGAGUGCAUGUGCAUCUCAGCACUUAAUUAAAUUUGACCGUUUGUGAUAAUUGUUCACAUAUUUUUCUCACACAUUAAACAUUUACCAUUUAUGGUUUCCUAAUUUUGUGGAAAUGUGUACAUAUUUCAACUUUUGAGUCUGUGGUUCUGAAAUAAUUUGAUUAAACAUUUAUUUUCAGCUGUAAUUUAAUCGGCGAAAUUGUGAACGCCAAAAUAAAAAUUAAUCUGAAUCACUUAAAACUCGGGUAAGGGGUCCCCACCAUUUUGGAAAAUUGUUGCAUAAAAAAGUAAAAGUUGACUUUUUGUCACUGGUAGUAAAUAAUUAACUAAUUAUUUAAUUAAGUAGUGUAGUAAAAUUACUGUAAAGCAAGCGGGUUUAUUUAGCUUGUAAAUAAAUAUUUUAAUUAAGAAGUUUAUGAUCUUUACAUUUUAGUCUGGUUAGUUCUUAUCCCUUGAAAUUAUAGCGUAAUUUUUACUCUAGUAUUAUUAUUCAUACAGAUUAAGUAAACUUUAAGGUGCUGAAAAACUAAAUUAGAAUACCUUUGGAAAAAGGUGUACUUAUUAAUUGCAUGUUUUUUUCUUGAGCACUUAUUUCAAACGCUAUACAUACUUACGUAGCUACAUAAACUUGUAGAAAUUAGUUAGAAACUAGUUAUUUCCUAGAAAAAUUAGUAAACUUUGUCCGAAUGAAUGAAUGUCGGAGUAUUUAUUGUACAAAGUAAACCUGUCAGUGAGUGAGUGAUUAGUGAUUAUCAUCUCAAGUACUUAUCCAUCAUCCAUAAUACAUAAAAUGUGUAUGUACUCGUAUCUAGUUUCAGAAAAAGUUACUCCUACAUACAUACGUCGUAUUAAGUAAUAUCAAAGCAAAUUACCAUUAAAUUUGCAACACAAUAUGUCCAGUUUAAGAGAAUGAGAUAACUUCUAUGUUGCCCUCUGUACAUAUAUCCAUACAGAAAUUCCUCUUCUUCAUAUGACCCAAAUUUGUAAGCCAACUUGAGUAAAUAAGGAGGUUUAGCAAAAGUCUAGAAAAAUCACCUAUUAUUCUCACGUCAUAAAAAUUAUGUACCUAUGUACAUCUAAUCCAGAUGAUAUUGUAUCAAAAAUUAUCUACACAGAUGGUUAUUGUAUCGAUUAAAUAUUAAUUAGUAAUUAGUUUACAAAUCAAUUAUUUACAUGACUUGCAUGCCCAUCAUGGGAAAUACAAAACAAUGUCAAAAUGAAAAUUGAACGAAUUGGAGUUGAUUGAUGGACUUUAAGAAAUUUGCGAAAUAUUAAAGCGUAAAGGGGGUCGGGAUUGUAAAAAGUGGGGAUUUUAAGAGUAUCAUAAUAUAUAAAUGUAAAUAAAUACUUUGUGAGAAGAAUCAAGAAAUAAAUUACAAUUGGGAGUAUGUAGUUUAAUACAGCA